AUGGCAAGUGCAAAUGCAGAGAAACAGCGGCCUCAUAGACACCCAUGGAGAAAGAGCGCUCAGCGUCUCUCAGGCAGGCUGUUCUGCUGCUCGUGUUUGCGAGGUGAGGAGAAGGAUCCUCUGCAGGAGCAGGAAAUGAAGAUUAAUGGGGGCCCUCAGCAUCCACGCUUGGAUCAGCGGGGAUCAGGUGAGAAGGAGGCUAUCCAGAUUACAGUGGAGGAUCUGGGGAUAGUUAAUACCGGCUUCAGCCUGCUUGACGAGGACCCCUUGACCCCGAGAAACAGCAUGGCCCGCUCAGCCAGUUCUGUCUCUGCCUGCCCAAGGGCUCUGAAAAAGAGGCGACUGAAGCCUCUGUCUUCUCUGCCUAUACGACCUCAGGCCGAACCGGCCAUCGCUUCUACCAGCAGAGAAGAUGAUGAAGAGGAGGAGGAAGACCCACUGCUGUAUGAGAGCGGCACUGAUAGCACGCUGGCUUCUGGAAGUCUCCUGACACCACCUGUCAUUAAUCUGAUCCCACCCACGCCCUCUGAUGUCGUUGACGACGAUCAGUUCUUCGACAUUAACUCAGAGGAAAGUGUGGCACAUACGUCUGGCAGCGAUGGAAGCUUUGCUGCUGGCGAUCAGGAGAGUUACGAGGAGGAGACGGAGAGCGUGGAGGCAAAGGAGUCGAAGGAGGGGCCUGCACUGGCUGAGAAUGGGCUUGGUGCUGAUGGUGCAGCUGAGCCUGAAAAAGGCCUAAGUGAUCAAUUUGGAGAAGAAAGAGAGGUUGUGGAAAACAAAGAGGAGGAUAAAGAGGAAACAAAGCCCAGGUUCUUGCGUAGCGCCUACCAGGUGGCUCCUCUCCCUGAGAACCCUCAGAGAAGGAGCUUCAGCACUGGCAUAAAUCUUUUGUCGUUUACAGAGCACAACUUGGAUGACCUGAGCAACAGAGAUGUGAGCUGCUCCGACAUGCUGAAGGCUGAACUUCGCCGGCUUCCUCACGCUGCCAACAUGGACACAUUUUCUCACCAAAGGAGACCGAUAACUCGCUCCUGUAGUCUUGGGGACACACCAACCAGGAGCACCACCUUCCACGCUCUAACCCAUGCCGCGGACCAACACCAGGAAGAGGAGGGGUCACCACAACAACGGCGCAUAACUGUUGCAUCAUAUAUGCCUCAGUCUAAGGAUCAGAAUGGAAACUUCCCUGAGAAGGACGUGAACAGGCAAGUGGCCAAAUCUCUCAGGGAACUGAACACAGCUGAAGUCUGCCAGUGGUUUACCAAUAUUGGACUGCAGAAAUGUCUCCCUUUCAUCAGAGAGGCAAAACUGUGUGGCACAGACAUAGCUUCAGUAGAUGUGAACACUUUGGACAUCCUCCAUAUCACCACACCAGAAGAAAGAGAGCAGCUGCUGUCGGCUAUUUAUAAUGAGCUGCACCCUCCCAGCACCAUCACCCAGAGACUCGACUCUCUGCUUGAGUCCAUAGGGCCCAAUAACGUUGAGACGUUCACUGAAACAUUGGUAUCAAUGAGCAAGUCUAAGUCUGCGCCGCAUGUGAGCUGCCUGAGCAUGAGUCGACGUUCCCUAAAACUCAGGAACAACAGCCAGAACUACAUGGUACAGAGGAAUUCUCAGCUGAUAGAAAUCACUAUUAAUGCCUCAGAGAGGAUAGUUCACCUUCGAACCCCGAAGGAAACAACGGUGGGAAAAAUCAUGGAUUCGUGUAUCAAGAUGCUGGGAGUGACAGAAGAUAAAAGUCUGUUCACACUUAAAGAAAAGCAAGGUUCUUCAGAAGAUCUCUCACCAGAUCAGCAGAUUGGGAGUCUACUGACAUCAACAUCAGACAACAGACAGCUGGAGCUGCACUUGUGUAAAACGGAAAAACCAACAACUAUUGCCUCUGAAAACAGUCCAGAAGCCGACAGCUCCAAUGAAAAUGGUGACGUCAAGAAAAAUGUCCAGGGGAACCAGGCAGCUAAAGAAGAGAGGAUUAGGGAGCUAAACCAACAGGUGGACUCACUACAAAACGCCAUCUUUCAGAUCCAGGAACUCCACCACGGCCUGGUAGCAUUUUGCUCGGAGUUAAAGAACAUGGACGGAGAUGUGAACGUGAACAGGCUUGGCUCUGCCGAGCUGAAGCAGAGGCUGGAGUUGGUCAAAAGCCGACUGAACGACAAGAGGCAGAGCCUGCAGACCCUCAGAGACAACAUUAACAACUCGACUGCUCACAAGAAGAAACAGCUGGAGGUUCGUCUCUUGGAAAAGAUGACGCUGAACUGCCAGGUGUUUAAGGAGGAAAUUUCCAUGGUGCAUCUCAACCGACAGGUGGCUCACCUGCAGAACGCUCUGCAGGAAAGCAAGGACAAAGCUCGGAAAAAGAGUCUUGCCAUCGGCAGCCUGAGCCAGCUGGUGUCACCGCGGUCUCCUGCCAUGCUGCUGGUUGUACAAGAGAACCAGGGCCCUGAUGGCCAUUAUGGCUUUACAUGUCACUACAAAGAAGGCAGCGGACUAGUGGUGGUCGAGGUGGACAACACUCACCUCUGUAUAGAUGACAGACUGGUGGAGGUGAACGGUGUACCAGUGGUCAACUCUACACAGGAAGAGCUGACUGACCUCCUGAUGCAGGAACCCAGUGCUCAAAUUGUCGUCCUUCGCCAGCCCCCGCCAACCCUCACCGCCCAGCAGCACCCGCCACCCCUGCAGCACACGGUCAGCCCUGACCCCAUGCAAACGAUCUGCCCAAAAAGGGAUGCGGUCACCAUGGAAACCCCUCCACGACGGAAAGUGAUGGCCAUCUGAUGACACGAUGGAGAGAAAUACUGGCAAUGAGGAUGGAGCAAAAUGUUUGUUUGUCUGUAGAAUGAUCUUUAAUGUGAAAGGCCAUAUCAUAUUUUGUUAUUUACCU